GCAGGGCUGUACAAGGCAGCUGCAUUUCAUGUGCCGCCAGCAAUGCGGGCCAGGCGGCAGAAGACACCUUAAGUGAUGAGGCACAUAAUCCUCUGUCUGUCCGCCGGCGCUCAGUGAACGAUAAUGCUCUGAAAGGGAUAAUACUGAGACGCCUGCACGCAUCCAGUAUGAUACAUAAAGUCUGAACCGCGACUUGUUCAGAUUUUGUUGUUGAUGUAAUGUGUGUACUACUAAAAUAAUCGUGCGAUGAUAGGUGAAUGUAAUGAAACUAUUGUUUAAAGAAUUACUUCUGGGGAUUGCUAAUGUAACAUGGAUUUAACUUUUGUGUUUAAGUGGCGGUGUGCGGUGUGCGCAGGGGAGUACACGGUGCCCGCGGGCGCGUUCCUCACCUUCUCGCCGCUGCUGCUGCACCGCGACGAGCGACUGUGGCCGCAGCCCGCGCGCUUCCGCCCCGAGCGCUUCGGCCCCGAGGAGGCGCAGCGCCGCCACCCGUUCGCCUACAUCCCCUUCAGCGCCGGCCCCCGCGGCUGCAUCGGCCAGCGCUUCGCGCUGCUGGAGGAGAAGGCCGUGCUGUCGGCCGUGCUGCGCCACUUCCGCCUGGAGGCCGUGCAGCGCGAGGAGGACGUGAGGCCGCUCAUGGAGCUGAUCCUGCGGCCGGAGCAGUCGGUGCGCGUGCGCUUUGUCGAGCGGGCCCCCGCCCACUUACAUACUCGCAAUUAAACGUUGCAGCACUUCAAGGUCAGGAGCUGGGAGGAUAGUCCAAUCGGGAUCUCCAAUACCAAAAAAUUAAGUCGUAACGAAACUCCCGAUUGGAUGACGGAGUCCCGCUCUCCGUUCGGCUCCUGACCUUGAAGUGCCACUAUGUUUAAAUCGGAGUAUACGUUCAUCAAUCAUGACCUCUACGAUCAUUUUCUUACUAGAAGAGUGUGUUCUGCUGCAUUAGAAACGCCGAAGUUUGUCUCAAUAGCAUUUAGGUGGAAAUGUAGAUGCUUCUUUGGCAUGUCAACAUCACUAGCUGUCAAUGGAGAAUGUAGUUUAAGAGUGUAGAGAGUGGAGGAGGAGAAUUAUUGACUUGUGCGACAGGAAAAUUGGGAACCAUAUUCAGGAUUUCAGAAAAGAUAUAGGGACAUUUUAUUACAUGCUUCAUGUUAACAUUCUUGGAAUACAUCCUCUGUAAUCAUUUGUGAUGUUAUUAAGAAAUAGUCCCAAUGUAUUUUUAAUUUUUUUUAAGGAGACGUCUUAAAAAUUAUUUUCAAGUACCAAAUUUGAAAAAAAAUGAAAGUUUAUAUUUUUUAAAAUGGGUAGAACAAAUUUGUUUUUAUACUCGUAUAUUGGUUAUAAGUGCAACGAAUCAAUAAUUUUUCGAAGUCUUUUAAUUAUAUACGAAAAUAUAGUGGUGUUGGCAAUGAUCGUUGGCAGUGAGUGCGAUUUUCAAAUACGUAUUACAAAAUAAUGAACCACUAGACUUUCAAAAAUUAAUUUUAAAAACUAUUUUGUGUAAUUGCGGAAUGAAGAUCCUGAGAGGAGUCCUUACAGAGAAUGGAAAUAUGGGCCACACUGCAUGCGAAAGUUAUUAUUUCAGGUUUACAUUAAGUUUCUCAAGUUUCACUUCAAAGAAACAGCCAGGAUUUCCAUGAGAACGUGUGAUGCUAAUUCACUGACAUUUUAUAAUGUUCGACAGACCACAUGCAAUAUUUAUUUCAUUCAAGUGCAGAAACUUUAUAGCAACGAAUAGUAGAAAUAAAGUAUUGAUAAUGACAAUUUGCACAAUAAUUACAACUUGAAAUCACAGUUCUCAAACUAGGAGGUGAAAACACAAUCACUUUACAUGUACUGCUGUACAGUAUCUUGCCAAAAAAGUUUAACAAUAAUGAAAACUAUGUUCAUAAUGUAGAAACUAUGUUCGUAAUGUAUGUCAGAAUAUAUCACAUGUGGUUUGAAUAAAAUUAAAAUAUUCUAAAAAUAUUCAGUUUGGUGUGCCCUUAGGCUUUACAAAAUUUAUUGUAAAUAAUUACCUUGUUAGUUCCUCUAAAGGGCAACAUUGCGCACGGUUGUGUACUAGGAUGAGAGAUGUUCUACGAUUCAUAGGCUAGGGACAUCUCUUUACCAUUGAAGAGAAUAUAGUGACAUGGAAUGCCGCAUAGGAAUGUGCUGGAGUAAGAUGCUGAAACCAACAUCUAAAUAGCACAUUAAAAAAGAAAUGCAAUAACUAUUUUUAGGGACAUGUUCGCUAACAAGAAAUUUUGCACGAGGUGGUUUGCAGUAGACACAAACUUGCCCAACUUAGAGAACCAGUCCGAGAGCUGCGCAUAUCGCCGGUACACAAGGAAAAAUCUUCAUGCGAAGAAAUAGUUUUAGAAAAUGAUAUAUUUUUACUUGCAAGAAAUUCAUAAAUAUAGUUCACAAAGCCGCCGGAAUGUAGAGUUCGUCUGAGAUGUCCAAAGCGGCUCCGCUCAGAUGAACAGCGCUCUCUUGCAGAAUGAGCGGGUUUUAGAUGAGCACUUUUCCUGCACACUGUCGGAGAGGCAAAUACGCAUUUAUUCUGAAAGUAAACAUAUUACUUUAUAUGAAUGGAUUUUAUUGCAACACAAUUCCAUAAAUCGAAAUUAGUAUUUUGAUUCCUGACACAAUGAUAUAAAUCAACCCUUAUCGAUUGUGUAGUUUCGGUACUUUUUAGCCCUUUCUUUCGAAACCACAAGGCUGUAAGUAUCUCUUUCAUCUUUCUUUUGAAUUGUAUUUUGUCUAAAAAUUAUUUUUUACGUUCAUAAUUAUAUUCCUUACAAGUAUUCUUGCCAACUCUGCGUGAUUCACUCGUAUGUUUUGUGUACAAUAAUUUUAAUUACAAUGAAACUACAAUCAAAUGCAACAUAAUCAAUAAACUACUUGAAUUAUAAGAUAGAGGCAAAUCAAUUUUUGCAUGGACUUUUGCCCCUUUUUACAAAACGAUGCCUUCCAGAGUUGAUUGUUUAGAAGAACUUUCUUCUCUUUUUACCUGAUAGAUUAAGAAAUUAAACAGAUGAGCUUUUUGCUUUUGUAAUUAUACUAAAUGCUCACUCAAAAUGUCAGCACGUUUCCUAUCUGAAACGAUCUCGUUUUCUAGGAUCACAUGUUUUCUCUUGGCUAGUGACAAUCACCCUUGACUUGCCUGAAACGCACAUUCCGUCUUCACCGAACCGAUCUCACAAGCAAACUAGACUUCAAAGUGCAAGUCACCUCGCGCGGGCAGGGCUGCCCCACAGAGUAGUGUUGGCUGGUGACCAUCAAAUCGGUUUAGCGCGCGCGUCAAUAGCCAGACGGUAACAAGUUAUGGAGAUAAGGUAAAUAUAUUCAAACUGCAAUUUGCCG